CACCCUACCUAAAUAUUAGCUCUUUGAGCAGCACCCACUCAACACCAUCCUCAGAGACAAACGCACAAAGGACAGCUCUACACACAACGUACGGAGAACCUACAGAGAACUAACAGAGAACCAACAGAGAACAUGGUGUCAGCAGGACUUCAGAUGGGCGGCACUGCCCUGGGUAUUAUCGGCUGGAUCGGCGUGAUUGUGAUAUGCGCUCUACCCCAAUGGCGUGUGACGGCGUUCAUCGGCAGCAACAUCGUCACCUCGCAGACCAUCUGGGAGGGCAUCUGGAUGAGCUGCGUGGUCCAGAGCACGGGCCAGAUGCAGUGCAAGGUCUACGACUCAAUGCUGGCGCUGUCCUCUGACCUCCAGGCCGCCCGCGCCCUCUGCAUCAUCUCCAUCCUAGUGGGCAUCGUGGGCAUUCUGCUCGCCACGGCCGGCGGCAAGUGCACCAACUGCAUCGAGGACGAGAGCGCCAAAGCAAAAGUGGGCAUAGCAUCAGGCGUGGUCUUCCUCAUUGCCGGCAUCCUCUGCCUCAUCCCCGUCUGCUGGACGGCCAACACCGUCAUCCAGGAGUUUUACAACCCCUUGGUGGUGAGCUCACAGAAGAGGGAGCUUGGCGCCGCCCUCUACAUCGGCUGGGGAGCGUCCGCAAUGCUCAUCAUCGGAGGGGCCUUGCUAUGCGCUAACUGCCCGAAGGAGGACAAUUAUUCCGCCAAGUACUCUGCCGCCCCCCGCUCUAACGGCCCCAAGGACUACGUCUGAGAAAACGAUUAAAGACUUUCUGGCCUUUGUACAAAAAAAAAAAAAAAAACAGUGACUUCUUUUGUUGCCACAUUUCAACUGUUGCUGAAAAGGCUUAGAGAGGAGAGAAUUUGAAUCGGGGUGGGGAGGGCCACCUAAGCCAAGGUGGAACCAGCAGUCCUCUGCUAAGUUCUUUACUAAGGUGUGCACUCCCAGACAACACGGACAAUACCUGCCAAUCAGUUCACUGGAAAGACUGAACGUGGGUGUUCAGUUUUUUGUUGUAUGCAAUUUUACUCCCAUUUUAAUGUCUCUUUUGAUAUCACAUGAGUUUUUUGUUGUUGUUUUGUAUAUAUAAUGCUGUGUAUCUUGUACAUUCUGAAUGUUUCAAAUUUUAUAUUUUUUAAAAGAUAAAAAUGUUAAGACAUUGUAAUAAACAUUUGGGGUUUAACAUAA